AGUUAAAUGUUUGGAUAUCUAUUUAUCAUUUAUUGGAUUACUAAUUAAUAUUUAACGGAUCAAGGAAUACAAACAAAAAUAUGUGAAUUUACCAGGAUAACAGUUUUAUUUUUAGUUUUAAUUAAAAAUAAAAAUGCAUAAAAUACUUACAUCUAUUUGUGUGUUGCUGUUAUGUGUCUCAAUAAUUAUUGCUCAACAACAUCAUCAUCAACAACAACAUCAUUAUAAAAAUCAUCAUUUAAUUCAUGAACUAAAUGACCCAAAUGAACAUAAUAUAAGACCCGGUAAUGAUCUGAUAGUUGGCGACGAGUCAGCAGUUGAUGAUGAAGAGGACAGUAAUCAACGCAAGAAGCGGUUCUAUACUGACAAACAACAGUCGCCAGAGUUUCUCUAUUUGGAGAGUCGGGACGGACUGGUAUUGGGUGCCAGUCUUAACGUACACCACUCGUCGCCGCGAAAUCCGCUACAAUGCGGUCAAAUCGAUACCAUGCAUGGCGUCCAACACGUCGAGGCGUUUCUCUGGGCCUACGAUAUGAUUCAAUCGCACCCACAGAUACUGCCCGGUGUAGAGUUGGGUGCAGUCAUACUCGACACGUGUUCGUCACACCAGAAAAUAGCUCGAGAUGUCAGCAAUUUUUUCAGCAAUUCUUUGGCCAGUGAAGAGCACCCGAAUCUGCCGGCAGCUGAAACAGUGGUCGGCUUUGUUGUGGAUGGUGAUAACUCUAAGAUUGUGGACGCGGUAGUAGACGUUACAAAUCCUUUUGACAUAACAACAGUUGCCAUUCAGUCUCGUGAUUCCAAAUAUAAUAACCGAUUUGAUUAUCCAUUACUAUUACGUCUGUCCACACCUAACGAUGUAUACGCCGACACUAUUAUCUCACUAUUGGUCAGAUUUUUGUGGCAUUAUGUGUCCGUUAUUUAUGAGUCUACACCACAAAUGCUUGAUAUUUAUCGAGAAUUAAAAAUUAAAUCAAACUUUUUGGGGAUUGAGUUCUCAUUAGAGGAAGAAAUAGGUUUGAGUAGUGACGGGUACGGAGCGACUGGACAUUUGGGAUCGACUAUCUCUCGCAUUAAACGCAAUGCCAAAAAUGGAGCCAAAGUUGUCAUAUUAUUGAUGAACAACGACCAGAUUAGGCGGUUAUUUCACGAAAAUAAAAACCUACCGUCAGAUCAACAGAUCAGAGUCGGAGAUAUUCAGUGGAUAUCGAUUGAAGGCCGCGAAGUGUUUCCCGAUUAUACUGACGAAUCCUUAGGCGUACUGACAAUAACAUCACAGAUACAACCGUCCACUGCUUUUAGAUCUUAUUUUACGAAUUUAUCGCUAAUAAACAACACAMGAAAUCCUUGGUUUAAUGAGUUUUGGGAAAUAUUGUUCAACUGUAGGGGCGAUCAGUGUCUAAAUCACGGGGUCAGCCAACAAAUGCCGCCCGAUAUCGCCAUCGAUAGGGACACAUCAUUAACUAUUAACUCUUUGUUCGCGUUGGCCAACGCUUUGGAAAUGACUCGACGGACACUGUGUCCAAAAACACCGCGCGGUUUAUGUCCAGAAUUCAGACGACACCCGAAAUUAUCGCGUAUUGUUUACGAUAUGGCAAAGAGUUCAACGUUUUUGGCAUUUGAUAACCGGCACAUGAUAUUUGAUCCCGAAAAUGGUUAUGUCAUUUCACCACUUUUUAUACAUAAUUUACGGUUAAUGAGCCAAAAAUCAUUGGUUUGGCAUAAUGUCGGUGUUUUUACAGCACAUGACGGCCUAUUCAUAAAUGUGACAAAAGCCAGAGCUUAUAAUACCAGUGCAAAUGAGAUACCGUUGAGUCAGGUCAAGUCGGUUUGUAAUGAUAGCGAGUGUUUGCAUAUAGUGUCCGAAUCUAAUGCCGUGCAACCAAUUAUGUCGAUCACACCAAUAGGCGGUUUGACUAUUGGCGCUAUAAUGCCUCUGCAUAAACAUGGAUCCAGUGGUGAUCUUUUUAAUUGUGGACCUAUUGAUAAUGAUAUGUUUGAAAAUCUUUUGGCAUUUAGUUAUGCAAUGGAUGUGAUUAAUAAAAACCAUUCAAUAUUACCAAACAUAGAGUUGGGUGCAGUUGUCUUUGAUGACUGCGAGAAUCGGGAGAGAGCUCAGGAGAGAUUAAUCACAUUUAUGAGUGGAUCGUUACCUAUGAAUAAGAUACCGCCAAAGACAUUGGUUUCAAUGAUCACAUAUUCAGAAUCGGCACAAAAUGUAGAUAACAUUCUGCGAGACAAUAAAAUCAUUCAUUUGAUGGCGUCGUCAUCAUUGGUUCAAACAUCUCUAUCACCGACGACAUCCACAAUAACACCUAUAGGUCAAAGACAAGAGCGYAAACUCAAUUUAGGUGGUGCUUCUCCAGCUAAACGAUUGGAGAUACAGGCGCUCAUCAAACURAUCUCUGACCACAACUGGAGUUUAGUUAAUCUCAUUUAUUCGGACGAGUUGUCUAAGAAUUUGUUUGUCAUUUACGCCAACAAAUUGAAGGUUUGCGUUGACUUUAUGUUUGCCAUUAGUGAGGAUAUGACCGCCGAUGACGUUCGCAAAGUGAUGACAACUAUUAGUGCCAAAAGCGAGAGUAAAGUAGUUGUAGUUUUGGGCAAUAAUACAAAUGUUAAUACAGUACUAAUMAAAAAUGCUCCUGGUAGUCUCAUUAAAAACUUUAUAUGGAUUGGCGGUCACUCAUGGAUGCAAUCUAUGAACAAAACACGUAUUAGUAAUAACAACACUAACAGCAACAACACGUCUAUCAGCACUCGGCUACCGAUGAACUCAAUUUGGCUUCAGAUGGAGUCAUAUAGUGAUCCACAGUUUGCCAAAUACUUGUCGCGUAUAUCGCCGACUGAACAACAGUUGAUACCAAUGAAUUGGUUGCAUCAGUAUUGGCAGCAAAGGUUUGGCUGCCAUUUACCACACUCUCCCGUCACUGAUAACCGAUAUGAACACAUGUGUACUGGAGAUGAACACAUCAUUUAUAAGGAUUUUAUACAUUCACCUCAUAUUCAGCGGACUAUUGCUUUGGUUAACGGAAUAGCAAAUGGGUUGAAACGAUUUUUAACAGAAAAGUGCAGCAAAAAUAUACAUUUGAUGGAAACCAUUGACGACUGUCCCGAUACCAGUAGACAAAUACUAAGUGAAUAUGUAAUGAGUGAAUUGAAAUCACUUAAUGUAUUUGACAACAUUGACAAACAAAAUGAUAUACAUUUUGGUGACAACUCAUAUACAUUUCAUGUGUGGAAACGUAUCAAUGGCUCUAAACCUAUACUAUUGGUAGACUUAACGCCCGAUUCUCUGAACAGCAUCUCUAGCAGCGCAUCCUUAACCUCAAGUAAUAUCAAGAAUGACUUUCCUAAUGUUAGGGCCAAAUGUGUCCGCAAUUGUGAUAAAUGUGUUGAACAAUUUGAGACCAGUAGUGAACAACUGUUAACUUCGGAAAAUCAAUGGCGACCACAAAUGGUAGUUCAAUUGAGACGCACCUGGAGUUUACUGGUUGCCGUGCUAUCGGCACUCGGAGUAAUAUCGGUUCUUAUAUGUGUCGUGUAUUUUUUGCUGGUAUUCCCAGUAGCUGUCGGUACAACAGUAGUUGGCUAUCAAAUAUUGUUUGGUCUAUUUAUAGCUUUUUUGACAAAUUUUGUAUUUUUAAUACCCGUUUCUAUAACUGUUUGUGCGCUCAGAAGAAUAGGAUUGUCAAUUUCAUAUACAAUAAUCAUAAGCGGAUUACUUGUCAAAGUGUUAAACACAUGGCGACUAAUGAUACUUAAAAAUCAUUCACAACCGUUACGAUUGUCAUCUCCCACAGCACUUGUAUUCAUUUCAUCGGGACUGGUAUUCCUACAGUUAAUACUGACUACCAUUUGGCUGAUCAGUUACCCACCACAUCCCGGUCUAUAUGAAGGGAUUUGGAAGUGUUCUUCAAAUAAAUCGAUAGUAUUGUUUGACUCUGAGAUAAUCGUAUCACUUCUCUAUGUCAUACAACUGCUCCUUAUAAGCAUAUUUUUUGCUGCCCUUACCUGGAAAUGCUACGAUCAGAAUCGUGAGCCCCGUUGGAUAAUGGCUUGUGUCCUAUCAACGGCAGUCAUAUGGUUAACUUGGCUUCUCCUAUCUGCCGGUACUUCCGACAGAACCCUAUCCAUAAUAUGUGCCAAUUUAGUGAACGCAUUGGUGAUAAUGUCAUUACUUUAUGUGCGAAAACUUUAUUUAUUUACGAAGAUUUCACGUAAAAUACGUAAAGAGAGACAAAUUAAGGAACGCCUACAACACGAACCRUUCGCUGACAGACAACAACAGAUCUAUGGAGCCUUUAAGACGGGGACAAUCAGUGGUCACAUUGACUGGAUGUCCGAAGUGGACGGUUCUCAGUUGCGAAGUGCGACCCGACCGCCAUUUGAUCGCGAUUACAACGACGACAACAUAUCGAGUUGCGGUUCCGUGAAGUCCGCGGCCUCGGCUCAGGUCCAGUGCCACGACUUGUAUCCAAUGGAGGUCUACGACGGCGGCUCACAGUUUGCGCCAAUGAGUUCACUGUUGUCGCAGUCAAACAAAUCUAUUUAUGGUAUCAUCGAUGACACCAAUACUACCACUCAUUUUAAAUGA